AUGGUCCAGUAUAACCCGAUCACCAAAGAGCCCUAUCUCCAACUCCCAGAACCAUGUGGAAACAUCAUCAUGACCCCACACCGUGAACACCAGAUCGAGGAGACAUCUGCUGCGAUGACCGAAAUGCUCAACGACCCACGCGUGUAUUACUGGCUACAGGGGCCACCUUACCCCUUCCUGCCCGAGCAUGGCGUAGACUGGAUCAAAAUGAAAGUAGCAGAAUACAAAGACAUCCUCUCUACUCUGCAAAAAGAAUUCGAAACAAAGAGUCAAUUGCAAGACGACAAUCCAAAUGUCCACGGGGAACGGGAGUUCUUCGACAAAUGCCCUUUUGUUUGCAUACGCGAAGUGACAGAAAGGGAUCCUACGACAGGCGCUCCAGUUCGAGAUGUCAUGAUCGGAGACUUCACACUAGAGCGGUAUGCUUUCUAUGAGUUACGACCCACUAGCUGGGAGCGUGCGCUAGUGCAGAAGCAUAAUAAUGACUUGCCGGCGGGACACAAGGAUAUCGUCUGGGGUAUCGGAUACUAUCUUUCCCCUAAUUUACACAGCCGGGGACUUAUGAGUGCUGCUGUUCGGACUAUCAUUCAUGACUGGGCUAUCCCUCGGAUGAAUCUUCAUCGUCUUAAGGGUAGCUUUUAUCUUGAGAAUACAGCGAGCCGGAGAGUAUUUGAGAAGAACAACUUUGAGGAGGCCGGUAUAUUCAAGGACUGGGCUAUGGGGAGUCCAAUCAAGGGACAAGGGAAGAUGUCUAUUGGUGUGGUGGAGUGGAAGGGCCUGUAUUUUCUGUACAUGCUAGUCCAUGUCCCUGCCGAUCCUACCGAGAUGCAAGGUCAUGUCGCUGUUGAUCAUUCCGAUUCGUUGAUCAUCACAAACGUCAAAUUAAAUGUUGAAUGCCCCGAGGUGGUUGUGACUAUGCCGUCCAUAGCUGCAGCCACUGCGAGCUACUCAGGCAACCUGAACUACCGUAGUCCGUCGGAGCACCAUCCAGGGCUGGGUGUCUCGAUUCACCGAGUUGCGAAGCGCGGGGUCCCCGGCUCGUCCUUUGACCCUUCCAAGUUACACUUCACCCAUGGUGUUGCUUCUGGAGAUCCUUAUGCAGACUCAGUGAUUCUAUGGACUCGUUGCUCGCCGACUUUCGAUGAUGUUCACUCUAAUAGCUCUACGAAUGGUCUUGUUCCGCUGUACAACCCUGUCCCGAUAUACUCAGGGGAUGAAGAUGCGGAGCAGGUGGCUGUAUCGAAUGCUCCUGUCUGCUUGGAUUACAAGGUAUCUAAAGACGAGAGCUUCAAGCACAUUGCAGCCGAAGGUACUGUAUACACUAGUUCCGACAUUGACUACACUGUCAAGGUCGAAGCAUCCAAGUUGAAGCCAUUCACGACCUAUUUCUAUCAGUUCCAAGUCUGUAAUUCGGACAACAAGAGCCCCGUUGGAAGAACCAAGACAGCUCCUGAUUCGAAGAAGGAGGUCGACCAGGUCAACUUGGCCGUUUACUCUUGUGCCAACUUCCCCUUCGGGUUCUUUAAUGCCUACGGACAUUCUGUGCGAAAGGAUUCCGUGGACUAUGUCGUCCAUCUCGGUGAUUACCUUUACGAAUACAAGAAUGGCGACUAUGGCUGGGGUAACAGCUUGGGACGCAUCCCUCUGCCGGACCGAACCAUCCUCACCCUCUAUGACUACCGCAAGCGCAUUGCCACCUACAGAACCGACUUGGAUCUGCUAGCCAGUCAUCAGAACUUUGCUUGGAUUCCUGUCUGGGACGACCACGAGGUGGCCGACAACACCUACCGGGAUGGCUCCGCGAAGCUCAGAAACGACGAAAAGUCAUUCGUUCAGGACGGAGGUGUCUCCGUUGACCAGCGUAAGAUGAACGCCGUCCGUGCUUACUUCGAAUGGAUGCCCAUCAGACAAGUCGAGAUGGACGAUAACCUCCGCAUCUGGAGAAACUUCAAGCUUGGCAAAUUGGUGGACCUGAUCAUGCUGGACACCAGACAAUACGACCGCUCCAUCACUGAUACCUACGAUAACACUAACUACAUCAACGCGAUCAAAGAUGACGCCGGUCGUAGUUUGAUGGGAAGCCGUCAGGAGAACUGGCUGCAGCGUAAUCUAAUUGAGUCAGCCGAGCGUGGUGCUCACUGGCGCAUCCUCGGCAGCCAAAUCAUAUUCUCUCAAUUAAAUAUGUCAGCCUCGCUUGGGCCCGAACAACCACUGAACAUGGAUGCUUGGGAUGGCUACAUGGCAAGCAAGAACAGAACCUUGCAGACACUCUACGACAACAAUAUUGGCAACAACAUCGUCAUCGCAGGAGAUACUCACGUUAACUGGGUUAGCGAUCUGGCAUGGCUCGACCACAACCCGUAUAACUCUACCAGCGGCGCCGGCGCCAUCGGUGUGGAAUUCGGCGGAUCGGCCGUCAGCUCUCCCUCCUCAUUCGGACAAAACACCACUAUUCCUGCGGCAAACAACAUCUCCGAGCGAAUUGUCACUGACAGUGAGUCGCUGCAUUGGUCUGAGGGAUACUACCGCGGAUACUUUGAACUCCACAUCACCCCAGAGCAAGUCGGAGCUCAUUUCUUCGGCGUGCCUACCACUAAGGAGCGUAAUGCUGGGGAGAUCUCCCUGGCCAACUUCACUGUUAAGAGCGGCGAGAAUCGUUUGGAACGAAACUCGGACAAUGUGGCAGGUGGUGGAGUUGUGGAGAACGGAUUCCUCAAGAAUGGAAAGGUCAAGCAGACAAAUAUGGUCCACGAUACUGAAAGUGGUCUUUACCAUUCCAGCUAA